AUGGCCGACGCCUCCGCGACGCAGAGAGCUGGUCCCGGGGGUGGCCCAGAGCCACGAGAUCCCCUGGACUGCUGGGCUUGCGCCGUCCUAGUAACAGCUCAGAACCUGCUUGUGGCUGCCUUCAAUCUUCUCCUGCUGGUAAUAGUGCUGGGGACCAUCUUGCUACCCGCUGUCACCAUGCUGGGCUUCGGCUUCCUCUGCCACUCUCAGUUCCUGCGCUCCCAGGCACCCCCUUGCACGGCGCACCUCCGAGACCCGGGCUUCACGGCCCUGCUGGUCACUGGAUUCCUGCUCCUCGUGCCGCUCCUCGUGCUUGCCUUGGCCAGCUACCGCCGCCUCUGCCUGCGCCUCCGCCUGGCCGACUGUCUUGUACCCUACAGCCGAGCCCUCUAUAGGCGCCGGCGCGCCCCACAGCCGCGGCAGAGCCGGGCUUUACCAGGGUCCCAGGUCCUUCCCAUACCAGGAAAGGUCUGGGUCUGAGGAGGGGUGAACCUUGCCGGCUGGGUCCUGGUUGGCCUGAGGACUUGAAACCCAGAGAUGUUCUGCUUUUGCCACCGCCCUUGCCGAAGCCAGGUCCUCAGAAUCCCUUUGGCAAGCAACAGCAUCUGUGGACCCAGUACUGGUGAAAAAUCCCACACCUCAGAAAACCUACUUUUCUCUCAGUGAAUCUGGACCAUCUGGGCUGGCCCCUGCACACCCUUCCUCCUCCUCCUCUCUUAAUGUGAAUACAACUGAACCUGUGUCCUCCUUUUCUGGUGCAGCUCUAGUAUUUACGGGGCUGAGCAGACAGAUCAUACAUUAAUAAAGAACUUAU